CAACCCGCCAGUUUCACGCGGGCAUUCGGACGCGUGUCGCGUACCGCGCUCGCGGUCAACUAUACGCACGAAAUUCGAAAUUUGAAUAUAUUUUUUUUAAUUUAAACUUUUAUUUUCUUUUAAUUUUUUAACAAUGGUCCGCAAUAAGGUGAGCGACGGGAUCAAAAGUGAUCAGAUCGUCUCUGAAGUUCAGAAGCGACCAUGUCUCUACGACACCAACCACAUGAAUUACGGAGAUCGAGCGGAGAAGAUGAGGAGUUGGGAAGAAGUCUGCGAGAGCGUAGUUCCCGGCUGGUACACGCUCGGGCUGACGGAGAAGUUUGCGGCCGGUAAAGAGGUGCAGAAAAGAUGGCGUUCGAUCCGCGAUUCGUAUACCAAGGCGUUUCGUCAAGGGAAAUGUCAACCGCCAGAGCAGUGUCCACCGGGCAGUCGGAGGUACCAGUACCACAGGCAGAUGUCUUUCCUGUUACGAGCUUUGCAAAACAAAAAACCGCGAUACUCCCAAGACAAAUACGAAUCGUUCUCCGAAGUAUCGAACUCGCCCCAACACCCACCUCCAGAAGACAUACCACGGAUCAAACACGAAAUUACAGAGAGGCCACUCGAUCUAAAAACUAAACCAGAUAUCCAAGACAGGCCAGAAACCCUGGACAAGUGUAACCAAGCAACCAUAGACAAGAAGUUGGAAAUUAAAAUUGACGCGAAUACAAUUUUGCCCGACGACCACUUCGAUGACGACAAAUUAUUCAUGAACUCCCUACUUCCUCUAUUUAAGAAGAUGGAUGAUGAUACGAGACUGCUCUGCAGGAUUGAAGUUUUGAAGAUCAUAAGGUACGCGUUGCAAGGUCACAAGUGUUUCGAAGCAUUGAAGAUGGCGGAGGACAGCUUCUUCAAGAACAGAAUGAGCGGGAUUCUGGCUAAGCAAGAAAUCGUUGAUAAUUCUUUGAACUCCAAGUCUAAUGAAUCGAAGUUGUCGAUGACGACGCGCUCGGCUGAUGGAAGCAGACCGAUUAGGAAACGGAGGGCACGUUCUCCAUCGCCGCUUCCGUUACCACCCAAGAGACGUGGUCCAGGGCGACCCAGAAAGGUUCGCCCUCCUCCAUCGGACUCGGACGAGGAACAGCUGUUCAAGAAACAGUUCCCGAAACUUAAAGUUUCGCCUGUCGAGGUAUCUCUCGCGUCAGAAGAGGACUCGUACAACAAGGCCACGAGUGUCGCCCAGUUGUCGACGCCACUGUUUAUGAAGAUGUACAAUCUGGAACGUUCGAAAAUUGCACCUGUGACGUCACCGCAAUCCAUGCAAGUUUCCAUCAAGACGGAACCACUCGAUAACAGUCCAACGACAGCUUUAAGUACAAUGUGAAAAGGUCCAAAUUCGAUUAAACGAAAAUUGAGAUAUUUCAACAUUAGUAAUAUAAGAUUAAUCCGAAUAUAUUCAUCCUUUAUUUGCUCCAUUUAAAAAAAAAAAGCAAAUUUGAUUUUUAAUUAUUUUGUUUAUUAUGAUUUAAAGCUUAAGAAGUUAUAAAAUCAUAACAUUUUUAUAAAUUAUUUCCUUGCUCAUAAAUGUCAAAGAUGUUUAGUUAUAAGAUCGUAGUAGGGUUUGAAGUUGCUAUCUUAUUUGACAGUAUUAUAAAUACUCCAUAUAAAAGAUAACAUUUUUCAAAUUCUAUUUUCGAAUUCCGUUCCCUGAUUGGUCAUUCGUAAUUUUAUUAUCUAUAUAUCAAAUAUUGUUUGGUUGUAGAAAUGAAAAUGUGAUAUUUAGUUUAGAAUAAGGUUUUUAGUAGUUAGAUUUUUGUCUUUUAUUUUAUUAAUAUGGCAACACUAGAUUAUUGUGUUUAAAAAAUUGUAUAUAAUAGAAUUACUGUAUAUGUAUAUCUAAAUAAGUACUGUGCAUUACGAUAAAUAAUAUUUACAAUAAAAUACUGUAUAUAGUUAGUUGUUUAUUGAUACCUUAAGUAAAGUCGUUAUAUACCGGUUAUAAUAUAUAAAAUAUAUUUUUAUUUAUGUGUGUGUCAAUCACGUGAAUAUCAAGGCAAGAAUCGUUAUUGAUGUU